AGUGAAAUGGUUACGUUAUAAUACCGAGACGGUAACUUAUUAACAUAACCAUUCCACGUGGUGACCUUAUAAAUUUACUACUGUUAUCGACUUAGAUUGCAGCUCAUAUCCACGAUAGUGAAUGCAUUUUCUGAUCGCUCGGAAUUACAUUUUUAAAUUACUUUGUUGAGUUUCGUCUGAGUCAUGUCAUUUCAAAUUGUCGAUACAAACGUACUGUGAAUAGAGAUAUCGAAUCGUACUGGUGGCUGUUUUUGUGUGAACCGAUUUUUAAACGAGUGGUCGUUAUUAUUGGCAUUGAUUGGACUAAGGACUUGUGUAUAACUGUUGAGUGCGGUAACUGCUGGGGUUGGAAAAAUCAUUGCGAAUAAGAAACAACAGAAACUAGCCAGUCACCGUACAACAAAUAUUGGUACAACAAUGUUAACCUAUAUGCAAGUCCAUUUGUACUUUACGCUACCGCCGACAAUCAUUUUAUACUUCUUCAUACGACCGUUAAUCACCAGCUUCGAUCGGCUGAAAAUAUUCACUUUAUGCGCGCUAGCCGUAAUCUACACCACACCUUGGGACAAUUACAUCAUUUACCAUAAAGCAUGGUGGUAUCGAAAGGAUGCAGUAAUCGGUACGAUUGGCUAUGUGCCGAUAGAAGAAUACAUUUUUUUCGUCGUACAGACCUGUUUCACAUCACUGUGGACGAUAUUCUGUUCGCGAUGGACAUUGCACUCGUUACAUUUGCGAAAUACGAACCGGUUAAAGUUUCAAUUGAUUAAAUAUGUGGGUGCUGUGUUAAUGGCCAUUGCCAUAGCAUUGGGAUGGUGUAAUGCAGUUCCAGCAACAAAAAAUUUUUACUUGUGUUCGAUAUUAUGGUGGUCAUUAUUGAUUGUUGUCAUGCUGUGGUAUAUUGCCAGUUCAUACAUUGUUCAGCGUUAUCAACAAAUAUUGUUCAGCGUUGUGUUUCCAUCCGUAUACCUGUGUUAUGUUGAUGUUAUAGCAUUGCGAGCUAGAGUUUGGCAUAUAAACGAACGGACCAGUUUGGAAAUAUUUAUAGUUCCAGAAUUGCCGAUCGAAGAAGUAAUUUUCUUUUUCAUUACCAACUUUAUGGUGGUGAUGGGUGCUGCUGGGUUCGAUAAAUCGAAGGCUGUCAUCGAUACGUAUUUCAAGCAGCCGUUGCAACAGAGUUUAAACUUCAAAGGAUUUUUCGGUAACAUGAAAUUGCUUUUAGAAUCAGCAAUGUGCCGGGAACAAAAAUUAGAUUUCUCAGUUGUUGACGAUUUGGAAAAGUGCAUUAAUGUACUGAGUGACGGAUCGAAAACGUUCAGCAUGGCAGCCAGUUGCUUUCCGAACGCCGUUAGGCAAGACCUAACCAUACUAUACGCAUUUUGUCGCGUAACUGACGACAUGGUCGACAUUGAACAGUCCAUGGAAUCGAAGAGGCGACGCCUGAAUGUGAUUACAUCAUUUUUAAACCAAUUAUUCGCACAUCGAAAAAUCGUAUCCAAUUACACCUGGCAAACCACAACAGAUGACGAACCAUCGAUCGAUUGGAAAUAUUUUGAAGAGCAAUUAACUGAAAAGCAAAUGUGUACAUUCCGUGGUGUAGCCAGAAUUUCAUCAUACAUGCCUCAGGAGCCAUUUUAUGAACUUGUUGAUGGAUAUCGGUGGGAUAUUGACGGUCGUCCCAUACUAAAUGAGGGCGACUUAACUGAAUACUCUAAACUUGUAGCUAGUAGCGUUGCAACAUUGUGCACGUUUAUAUUUUGUCACAAAUGCGGUCAAUGGCCCGACGAAAUGGGUCCCAAAAGUCGUACAAUGUUGGAGAUGGCACGAAAAAUGGGAAUGGUUCUGCAAAUAUGUAACAUCAGUCGUGACAUUAUCACCGACAGUGAUACGUUGGGCCGUUGUUACAUACCGAAUGACUAUCUCAACAGCGACGAACUGAAAUAUUUGAUGGACAGAACACCGUACAACAUUCCAAAUAUUAAAUUAAAAAAUUAUUCCGAAAAAAUGCUCGACAUUGCCGACAAUUUGGCCAGCGAAGGAACGCAAGGCAUAAAUUUACUACCCAGCGAAUGUCAGCGUGGUGUUCUAUCCGCACUGGAAGCGUACCAGGGUAUUGGAAAAUUGAUUCGGUCCAAUGCAAAAUAUGAACGCCGUACCGUACUAACGAAAACGAAGAAAAUUCUCAUUGUCUUGAAGUGUAUGUAUGUCACCAAAAUGCCGCUGUAGUACACGAACUUGUGUGGAAUUUAA